UCGUGCGGUAGGAUAUGUCUGCUUUUCCCACCACUUUGUUAAACGCUAAGGAAAUUCGUCGUUACUAGUGUCGUCGUCGAUGCACUCGAUUAUGCCAAAUCUGGCCAUACUGAAUUCUGAAUCUGACCACAUUGGUCCGACGAUGAAUGCAUUACGACUUUUCAUACUUUAAACAUCGUGGGGUUAUUAACGAUGCCAUAAUGGAUGUGGAUUUAUUAAGGCCAGGCACGGUGCCUAUUUCACCCGAUACAAUUCUGUGGUUUGAAUUUUUAUUAAAUCCAUCGUUACUGGAGCAACAUUUAUCUAAACCCUUUCCUGACCCCUCUGCCACAGACUUGAUAAUAAAAUUUAUGACAAUAAACUCUGAACAGAAGGAAAAUGAAGUGAAAAUUGUCGAUGCAGAGGCAAAUGAAGUAAAAUCUAAUACUACGAAUAAAUGGACUCACAGAAAUCUUGCUUUAAAGAUUCUCUCGUUAAAAGUGGCAGCACACUUGAAAUGGGACUUAGAUAUAUUAGAGAAAAUGUUACCCUUGCCAAUACAAAUGACAUUAUUGCAAGAUCUUCUUUAUAUAACAUCAGAUUUAACUGUUGAAAUACCUAGUGUACCUGAAUUUUCAAUACACACAAUUUCUGACCAAGUUCUGUUCACAAUGGUUCUGUGUCACAGGUGGCAUAUAAGAGCAAUUAUUUACAGAGCCUUGCAUAACAAACAAUCAAAGCAACAGUUCCUUCAUAUUCCAGGGAUUCAGGAAUCAACAUAUGUACCACUAGGUGUAAUAGAUGAUAUAAUUAGAAAAUUAGAAGCACAAGCAUCGAAUAGUAUAAAUGUUUUAAAUAACGUCUUGGAAAAUAAAGACUUAACUCCAAAAAUGUUAUCCUUUGAUACUUUUCAAAUGCUGACUGAAGACAGCACAGAGAUAAAACAAAAUUGGGAAAAUAUGUAUCCCAUAAAAUUAGAGGAAUUCAAAUGCCAGAUACAUUAUGAUCUAGCAAGGUUUCAUUUAUUAAAAGAAGAGUAUCAGGAAGCAAAGCGUCAUAUCAUGCAGGCAAAAGAAUUAUUUUAUAAUUUGAAUAACUUGGAAAGUAACUUGUAUUGCAAAGUUCAGAAGAAAUUUUUAGAUGGCUGUUGCAUAGCAUGUGAAGUGCCUAUAGAUGGUAUUACUUCAAGUUUAACUCAACAACUGCAAACAUCGAUCAAGGAUCAAUACAAUAAUAUAUUACAAAUUUUACAAGCAGAUAAUAUUACAAGAGAAAUUCCACAAGUUUAUAGAGAUAAUUUAGAACUUGAUAUCCAAGGAGGAUCUGUUAACAGAAAGCUUAUAGUAGCUCGUGAUCUUUUACUUCAAAUUCAAUGUUUGAAUCUGGUUAGAAAAAUUUUGGACGGUAGUAUUAUUCUUGGCGAUUAUGUGACGGAAAUACGAGAAGCCGGUUCCAAAGGAAUCGACGUAUUUUUCUGGGCUCUUGGAAAUGUUUUAGAAAAGACAUCCGAUAUAGAUAAAAAACGAAUUUCUCGUUAUUUACUUUAUCUUGUACAUACGAGCAAUAUCGAUGGAUUUGCUUCCAAAAUACUCGGUGACCCUUUGUAUUUAACAUUAUUUGAUGAAAAGGAAUUAGAUGAAAUUAGGAAAUCAGUCACUGACGAAGAACUCGAGUUACCCGAUUUAUUGUUAAAAAAUGACUGGGGUGUACAGUUAACGACAUACUCUAAAAGCACAAGAAUAGAGAUGUUCGAAUUAGAACAAAAAUUAAUACAAUCGUACAAUACUACUGAAAUUCACGAAAUAUUGAUACAUUUAGAUGGAAAACAUCGAAUGAAACCUUUAUGGCAUGUGAACAGUUGUUGGGAAUUACCUAUUCCAUUACAGAGUGUUGUAAUGUCUCUUCCUAGGGGCUUUCUUCAAGAUUAUUCAUACGUAUUGCUAGCAAAAAGUAGAGAGCUGGUAAUGUCUAAAGAUUUUGAAGGGGCAAUUGAAAUUUUAACGGUGUUAGAGAAAGAAGCACAGCAACACUCCCAAAGCGGUAAUACGUUAAUAUUUAAGUUAUGUAAAUUGGUAAAUUGGGAAUGUCUUCUUGUUGAAAUAUGGAGGUGUCUUCAUGUAUGGCCAGUAACAAAUAUGUGUGAUACGCAAAAUUUGGUUACAAGGUGUAAACAAUGCCUUGGAACACUACAAGCAACAGAUCAAAUUAUUCCACGACAAGAAAUCAUUGAAUAUUGUACUGUAUUUCUUUUAAAUAUGGCCGAAUGGGAUUAUCUUACAAGUCUAGAGAAGCGCUGGAGUUACACUGAGUUUGCAGCAGCUGUUAGCAGUGUCUGUCAAGAUAUUGUCAAGUAUAAGGGAAACCGAAAAUUUCCAAGAGAGGCAUGGGAUAUGGUUUUAGUUGCGUUCGGUCCAAGCAGGGAUCAACCUCAAAAACGUAGUAACAGCGGUAGUAGCGGAACUAGCAGCGGUAGUGCUUCAAGAGACGUUAUUGCAAGUAUAGGCGGUACUCUUAAUAGAUUACGCGAACCUAUGGUUCUUACCGUUGUCAUUUCAUUGUUAGCACGUUUACGCAACGUUCUGCGCGAUGAAUCUAGUCUUGAAUUACAUACACAGUAUCUUUCUCUUUGGCCAGCUGGUGUACCAAAUGCUAAUUCUUAUAACAUUAGAAGUAUUGGGGAAUUAUUAUUUCAAUUGUUAACACAAGCUCUGAAAUAUUAUCCAAGUAAUGUUUGUUGGUUAAGAUUGAUGGGGGAUCUGAAUUUUGUUUUAGGAUAUUACGAGAGCGCUAUGAAGUGUUAUUUAGAGGCUAUUAUGGUAGCUAGCGAUCUGUUUAGUCAACCGGUACCACGUUCGCAGAUUGACGAUCUUGUUUAUAGACGCAUGAUCAAGUGUUGUGCUCAUUUACAAUGUUACACUCAAGCUGCCGUUUUAUGCCAGUUUCUGGAAGAGGUAGAUUAUUCUUUAGCAUUUAAAAUGGUAGCGAGUGAUCAAAAAAGUUGCGCUCCGGCCGAUGCUAUGGAUGCAUAUUAUCAUUGUAUUUGGGACACCACAAUUCUUGAAUAUCUUAUACAUUUGCAUACGAAGCGUGGUGAACAUCAUAGAAAACAGUUGGCGAUUAAAGUAAUCGGUUUAUUGGAAUUAAAUUCCAAUAAUAACGAGGAGAUACAGCGGGAGGCAGCGAAUAUUCGUAAAGCAAAAUUUUUGAGGGCAUUGGCAAAACAGUACGUUUAUUAA